AUGAACUACACUUUCUUCUUACUUCUCCUCACUCUCGUCCACUCCACUUCCUCUUCUUUAGCUCCAACAGACCGAACCGCACUUAAAUCCAUCAGAGACUCCUUAACCGACAUGCCCGGUUCAGCCUUCUUCUCAACUUGGGACUUCACAACCCCUGACCCUUGCUCCACCUUCUCAGGCCUCACUUGCACUUCUCUCGGCCGUGUCUCCGUCUUAUCUCUCGGCCCAAACCUCUCCGGUUCACUAUCACCUUCCAUCUCAAACCUAACCCAUUUGACCCAACUCGUUCUCUACCCCGGUUUAGUCACCGGACCACUCCCUCCCCGGUUCGACACCCUCCCUCUCCUUCGUCUCAUUUCCUUAACCAGAAACCGCUUAACCGGUCCUAUACCAAACUCUUUCUCAUCUCUUUCAUACCUCCACACUCUUGACCUCAGCUAUAACCAACUCUCAGGCUCUCUCCCUCCGUUUCUCACCACACUUCCUCGUCUCAAAGUCAUUGUCUUAGCCUCAAACCGUUUCUCCGACAACGUUAAACCCGUCUCUAGCCCUUUGUUCCAUCUAGACCUAAAGAUGAACCAAAUCUCCGGCCAACUCCCACCUUCUUUCCCCAUCACUCUCCGGUACUUAUCUCUCUCCGGAAACUCAAUCUCCGGCACGAUCACCCCCUUACAGCCAUUAACAGACUUAACAUUCAUCGAUCUCAGCAUGAACCAGUUCACCGGAGCGAUCCCACAAUCACUCUUCGGAUCCACAACCUCAUCAAUAUUCUUACAACGAAACAACUUCACAUCCAUCAACGCCACGUCAUCGUUGUUACCUCAAGGCUCCGUCGUUGAUCUGAGCCAUAACUCUAUCUCCGGUGAGUUACCUCCUUCCCUCGCCGGAGCAGAGUCUCUGUUCUUGAACAACAACCGUUUCACAGGAGAUAUUCCGGAGGAAUACAUCACGAGCUUGAUCAACGGUACGAUCAAAACGCUGUUUUUGCAACAUAACUACUUAACGAGAUUCCCGUGGAACUCUGGUUUUGAAUUACCAGACUCUGUUUCGCUCUGUUUGUCGUAUAACUGUAUGGAUACGGAUCCAGUCGUAGGUUUGUCCACGUGUCCGAUAGAGGUUGCGCCUCUGCUCUCAAGACCUGCUAUACAAUGUUCUCGCUUUUACAAUCACAGCUCCACUGGUUAA